CGAGCCCCGACGAAUGGGGCGAGGAGCAGCCUCAGCUCCGGAGGUCAGCGGGAGGCGGACCGGACCGCACUCAGCCGGCGCUGGGCUCCCGCGCUUCUCCUCCUCGCCUGUGUCUGGUCCGCUCGCCGCCGCCGCCGCUGUCGCCAUGGCCCAAGCCGACGUUGCGCUCAUCGGCCUGGCCGUCAUGGGCCAGAACCUGAUUCUGAACAUGAACGACCACGGCUUCGUGGUGUGUGCCUUUAACAGGACUGUCUCCAAAGUGGAUGAUUUCCUGGCCAACGAGGCGAAGGGGACCCGGGUGGUGGGUGCGCAGUCCCUGGAAGAGAUGGUGUCCAAGCUGAAGAAGCCGCGGCGGGUCAUCCUGCUGGUCAAGGCCGGCCAGGCUGUGGAUGACUUCAUCGAGAAGCUAGUCCCGCUGUUGGACACUGGUGACAUCAUCAUUGAUGGGGGGAAUUCUGAGUAUCGAGAUACCACGAGACGAUGUCGGGACCUCAAGGCGAAGGGCAUCUUGUUUGUGGGCAGCGGCGUCAGCGGUGGCGAGGAGGGGGCCCGGUACGGCCCAUCGCUCAUGCCCGGCGGGAACAGAGAGGCCUGGCCGCACAUCAAGACAAUCUUCCAGAGCAUCUCGGCGAAAGUAGGAACUGGAGAGCCCUGCUGCGACUGGGUGGGAGAUGAGGGAGCCGGGCACUUCGUGAAGAUGGUGCACAACGGCAUAGAGUACGGCGACAUGCAGCUCAUCUGCGAGGCCUACCACCUGAUGAAGGACGUGCUGGGCAUGGGGCACGAGGACAUGGCCCGGGCAUUCGAGGAGUGGAAUAAGACCGAGCUGGACUCCUUCCUGAUCGAGAUCACCGCUAGUAUCCUCAAGUUCAAAGACAGCGACGGCCAGCACCUGCUGCCCAAGAUCAGGGACAGCGCGGGGCAGAAGGGCACUGGGAAGUGGACGGCCAUCUCCGCCCUGGAGUACGGCGUUCCUGUCACCCUCAUCGGAGAAGCUGUCUUCGCUCGGUGCUUAUCGUCACUGAAGGACGAGCGGGUCCAAGCUAGCAAGAGGCUGAAGGGCCCCCCAAAGGCCCAGUUUGGGGGCGACAAGAAGUCCUUCCUGGAAGACAUCCGGAAGGCCCUCUACGCGUCCAAGAUCAUCUCCUACGCCCAGGGCUUCAUGCUGCUCAGGCAGGCCGCCUCCGAGUUCGGCUGGACGCUCAACUAUGGCGCCAUCGCCCUCAUGUGGCGGGGCGGCUGCAUCAUCCGCAGCGUGUUCCUGGGGAAGAUAAAGGACGCCUUCGACCGCAACCCCAAGCUGCAGAACCUGCUGCUCGAUGACUUCUUCAAGUCGGCUGUGGAGAGCUGCCAGGACUCGUGGCGGCGCACGGUCACCACUGGUGUCCAGGCGGGCAUCCCCAUGCCCUGCUUCACCACCGCCCUGGCCUUCUAUGAUGGCUACCGGCACGAGAUGCUGCCCGCCAACCUCAUCCAGGCUCAGCGGGACUACUUUGGGGCCCACACCUACGAACUCUUGGCCAAGCCAGGCCAGUUUAUCCACACCAACUGGACGGGCCACGGUGGGAGCGUGUCGUCUUCCUCGUACAACGCCUGAGGCCCUGCCACUCCACCCCCCAAACCCCGAAGGGCCACUCCUGGCCGCAGCACUCCGCCCCGUCCCGCUCCGAUCUCCAGCUAAGUGCAGGCGCCUUGAGAGGUCACGGCGCCCAGCACACCCUCGCCUAGGGACCACUCAGGACCCGACCUGGACAGUGGGGACCAAACCGGGAGUGGCAGUGCAGCUGUGCGGUCGGGGAGGCGGCACACCGAGCCUCGUCUCACGCGGCUGGAUUCCCUUGUCUUCUCCAUCGUGUCUCUGCUUUUUCUCUACACUUGUUCUCACCUGGGCCACACUCAGCGGCCAUGUAGUGGACAGAAAAACCUGCAGUACUUUUAAUAAAUUUGAAUCAGUUUGUUUUCUUCCA